AUGGCAGCAACUCAGAAGCUGUACCCCCGAGGGACGGUCAAGCGCAUCGUGAAAGCACACUCCAACCGGAGCGUGAGCAAGAAUGCCGACAUCCUGAGUAUGAUUCCUCCCAUUCCUCUUCGAAGAGUUCCAGUUCGAUCGCAGUGCCUCGACUACACGAUACCCGACUCCAACUACAACCCACCCCCCAUUGCCACGAUGCUAAUUCCUGACUUUAUCAGGUUAAUGCGCGAAGCUUCGAUCCGAUCGCGAAAGUCUGGCGAAAAGAAUAUCUCUGCGAAUGCUGUUCGCAAGGUUACUGAGGGUGAAGCUAAUGCCAAGAUCUUUCUUUUACUUUAG